GAAGCUGAGCCGGCCCGCUUCCGCUUCCGUGUCGGGAUCAUGGCGGUGGCAAAUUCAAGCCCCGUCAACCCCAUCGUCUUCUUUGACGUUAGCAUCGGUGGCCAGGAGGUUGGCCGAAUGAAGAUUGAACUCUUUGCGGACAUCGUGCCCAAGACAGCGGAGAAUUUCAGGCAGUUCUGCACAGGAGAAUUCAGGAAAGAUGGAGUCCCUAUCGGAUACAAAGGAAGCACUUUUCACAGGGUUAUAAAAGAUUUCAUGAUCCAAGGAGGAGACUUUGUAAAUGGAGAUGGCACUGGAGUUGCAAGCAUUUAUCGGGGACCAUUUGCAGAUGAAAACUUUAAAUUGAGGCACUCAGCUCCAGGUCUGCUUUCCAUGGCAAACAGUGGCCCCAGUACCAAUGGCUGCCAAUUCUUCAUCACCUGCUCCAAGUGUGACUGGCUGGAUGGGAAGCACGUGGUGUUUGGAAAAAUAAUUGAUGGACUUCUAGUGAUGAGAAAAAUUGAGAAUGUUCCCACUGGACCCAACAACAAGCCCAAGCUUCCUGUGGUCAUCUCCCAGUGUGGGGAGAUGUGAUGGAGAUCAGUGCCGAAUCAGGCAAUGCUGCACAUAGCUAUGGAACGUAGCUGAACUGAGGAAGAAGAACAGCUGGUAAAAAUGUGUGUUCCUGGCAGAAGGUUUUCAGUUUUAUUCUAUUCCUUCUGCUUUUCUCUUGUUUCAUCUUUUAGAUAAGGGAGAAUAAUAGAGAAUUCAAGAAAGGGAUGAAUUCCAAAGGAAGGUGGCAGGCUUAGGGUUUUAAGAAGUUGUGUCAAAUCUGCAGUUGUCCUCCAGGGAAAAGAGAGAGAACUCUCUGUAUGGUUCCCUUUAGGACCACCAAGGGAAAGGGCCAGGUCUGAGUAAAGAAGUUGCAGGUGAUAGAGUGAAAACUAGCUAGAAUACUUUGGAAGGCCUUGGCAGCAUCAGUCUGCAAUAAAAGAACUAAGUCAGAACUUA